UUGCACUGGAGUUCAAGCGUGGUGUCCUGUAGCGUGAUCUCCCGCAGUUAUCCUCAGGAAACAAACCUCUCCAUCUCCAUUGACUGGUCAUCAGUGCUGAGCGCCACAGCUAAGGGCUCUGUCUGCGCAGAGCCGGGUCUGGUCCACUCUGGAAAAAAACACUACCACAGGAAUAAAAGUAGUUUCUUUUUUUUUUUUUUUUUUUCUCUGAGAGCAGCUCGACGCACUGGAGUCCACCAUGAAUCUUAUGAUUAUCUGCGUGUUUUGUGGAUUGUAUGGUGUCCUGGCUAAAGAAAAAGAACAAAAAGGAAAGUACAGCGUGCCAAACCUGGAUGUGAAAGCUCGACAGCUGCUCCUGGACACAAACCAAACACUGAUACUUAACUGCAGGGGCCGCUGGGAGCUGACAUGGGCCCUUCCGUCAGGCGUGGGCCGAGAUCAGGUGCAGAUGGAGGAAUCUCGCUGUGGGAGGACGGGCCAGCAGUUCUGCAGCCGUCUGACACUCAGCCCAACCGAGGCCCAACACACCGGCCUGUACCGCUGCCGGUACCGACACCGAACCCAUAAACAGAGCUCAGUUUAUGUUUAUGUCACAGACAGCCAGCAGCCAUUUGUGGAACCAAAGGGUAUGAGCCCAGAUGUGUUGUACAUGAAGGAGAAGCAGCCACUCAUCAUCCCCUGCCGGGUCACCCACCCAAACACCACCACUACACUGGUUAAGUUCCCUGACCACAGACUGACCCCGGAUCAGAGGAACAUUAUUUGGAACAGCAAGCAUGGCUUCACUAUCCGCACUCCCACUUUUUAUUACAUCGGCCUUUUUUUCUGUCAAACCACUACUGAUGGUGUAAUUCAUGAGUCACGUAUAUACUUUAUACACAGGCCAGUGAGUACCAUCUUGGAUGUGUAUCUGAACAGCAGUGGACCUGUGCAGGCUCUGAAGGGGGAGAAACUGACGUUGAACUGCACCGCCACCGGGGAGUUAAACACCAGAGUCAACAUCACCUGGGACUACCCCGGAAAGAAUAACAGCAUCAACUCCAUUUCAAAGAGGAUCCUGAGACACCGAACGCACAUGCUGUUUUAUAGUAUCCUGACCAUCCCCAAGCUGCAGCGUUCGGACCGAGGCCUCUACACGUGCCGCGUCACCAGUGGAGAAAAUGUGAAACAACAGAAAGUUACCGUCACUGUCUAUGACCGUCCCUUUAUCCGUCUGAAGCCCAGACAGGGGUCUGUGAUUGAAACACAAGCAGGACAAAAAUCUUACCGGAUCUCUCCAAAACUACGAGCGUUCCCUGUCCCAGAGGUCAUCUGGUUAAAGGACGGUAUGGUGGCAGCAGAACAGUGCUCCAGAUACCACCUAGAUGGAAACUCCCUGGUGAUCCGGGAUGUUGCAGAGGAGGAUGCUGGGAAGUACACCGUCCUGGUACGAAUCCAGGAACAUGGACUCUUCCAGAAUCUCACACUCACCCUUGUGGUCAACGUGAGUCCUCAGAUAGGGGAGAAAGCGGUGUCGUUACAGGACCCUGGCUCCGUCCCACGGGGAAGCAGACAAGCCCUUCAUUGCACAUCCCAUGGGAUCCCACCUCCACACAUCCAGUGGCUCUGGCAUCCCUGCCCACCCAAAGGACUGUGUGAGUGUCCGACGUCAUCCUCACUGUGGAGUCCUGUGACAGACAGAAUCCCCACCGUGUCCACACACAACCACAUCCUGAGUGUUACACACAGACAGGAAGUGCUUCAGGGGAAGAAUAAGACGGUGGGGGUCCUGACUGUGGCAGAGGCCUUUGUGUCUGGAGUCUAUCGCUGUGUAGCCUCUAACUCUGCAGGCAAGGACCAACUGGACAUCCACUUCUACAUCACAGAUGUCAAAGGAGGCUUCAGUGUGGUCCAGGAGGAGCAUCCUAGAGAGGGUGGAGAUCUGCAUCUCACCUGCUUGGCCAAUAAAUACCUGUACUCUGCGUUGUCAUGGCAACGGUUGAACAGGACAGGGGGCGCAAUAAUUGUUCAGCCACUCUCAUCAGGGGAUUUCUCCAACUCCCUGGUCCUGUUGCUAAGCAACCUGACAGCUAGAGACUCUGGAGUAUACAGAUGCUCCGCCCACCACCUCGUCACCGAACAGGAAAUGCACCUGGACACAGAAGUGGCGGUCACAAUUUUAGAACCCCCAGUGCUGCUUAAUAAUUUAACAGAUUGCACAGUCAACAUGAGCAGCUCAGUGACCCUCAGCUGUCCAUCCCAAGGCAUCCCACCUCCGACUGUCACAUGGUACAAGGGUGGACACGCUCUAUUGCAAGGAUCAGGUAUCGUCAUAGCACCAGAAGACGGGACCCUCCAUAUUGACCGAAUUACAGAAGAAGAUCAGGGAUUGUAUACAUGCAAAGCAACCAAUGAGAGAGGAUCUGCACAGAGCUCUGCCUAUAUAUGGGUCAACAGUUCUUCAGGGUCUUCGUUUCUGGAGAUUCCUACUCUAACCUGUACCUGUGUGGUGGCCACUCUCUUCUGGCUUUUGAUCACACUUUUCAUACGGAAACUGAAACAGGCUAACAGCUCAAACACCAAACCAGAGUACCUGUCAAUCAUACUGGACACGGGUGAGGGGCCAAUCGAGGAGCAGUGUGAACGUCUACAAUACGACCCCAACCAAUGGGAGUUCCCCAGAGAGCGCCUCAACUCAGGGAAGCCUCUUGGCCGGGGGGCAUUUGGUAAGGUCAUGCAGGCGUCAGCGUUUGGUAUAGACAACGAAACCGGCUGCAGGACGGUGGCUGUUAAGAUGCUAAAAGAGGGAGCUACAGCCAGUGAACAUAAAGCCCUGAUGACUGAGCUGAAGAUCCUCAACCACAUUGGACACCAUUUAAAUGUAGUAAAUCUACUGGGGGCCUGUACCAAGCCAGGAGGACCACUGAUGGUCAUUGUGGAGUACUGCUGCUAUGGAAAUCUAUCUACGUUCCUCAAGUCCAAGAGGGAUGUGUUUGUGCACAACAGGUCGACAGCAGAAAAGGACAUUGGGUCCAAUUGUUUUGGCAGUGUGUCUGACAACCAAAGCAUCAUUAAGACAAAGUUUGAUGAGAGAAAAAAGAAAGAUGAUGGCCUUGAUCCCAAAUCAGUCCCCAACUCCCCUUUAUUCUUGGAGGAUCUCAUCUCCUUCAGCUUCCAGGUGGCCCGAGGAAUGGAGUUUUUGGCCUCACGCAAGUGUAUUCACCGAGACCUGGCUGCCAGGAACAUUUUGCUGUCUGACAACAAAGUAGUAAAGAUCUGUGACUUUGGCCUGGCUCGAGACAUCUACAAAGACCCUGACUACGUCCGCAAAGGAGAUGCUCGUCUCCCUCUGAAGUGGAUGUCUCCAGAGUCCAUCUUUGACAAAGUCUUCACCACCCAGAGUGAUGUCUGGUCCUUUGGAAUUCUGCUGUGGGAGAUCUUCUCUCUGGGAGCUUCACCGUACCCUGGUCUUCACAUUGAUGAGGAAUUCUGUCACAGGCUGAAGGCAGGAACAAGGAUGCGAGCGCCCGAGUACAGCACACCUGAAAUUUACAGCACAAUGCUGGCCUGCUGGGAGGCCAGCCCCUCAGACCGACCCACCUUCACUGACCUGGUGGAGACCCUGGGAGACCUGCUCCAGGCGAGGGUUCAGCAGGAUGGGAAGGAUUAUAUUCCUCUGGGAUCCUUCAUGACUGGAGACAUGAGCCGUAGAGAAAACCUCAAAGAAAGCCCACUCGCAGUCACAAAUCUGAGCUACAUGAGGGGUAUGGCCACACUUCAGACAUUUGAGCAACUGCCCUGUGAGGAGUCCUACAGCCCUGAUGAUGAGCAGAGUGACAGUGGUAUGGUGCUGCCGUCAGAGGAACUGAAGAACCUGACACGGAACAGUGACACCAAGAACAGCAGGCUCAACAGGUUCUUCACCUUCACUAAGCGUCACAACAACCAGGUGCCCUUCCUGUGCAAUGACAUUGAUGGUCUCCAUGACAACCAGCCAUCGAUCCUGCCUUUUGAUUGGGAGUCUGAUGAAGGCGGCUCCCCUCCCCCUGACUACAACUCUGCCUUUCUCUACCCUUCCCUCUAGCAUCCAUCCUUAUGUAAAGACACGCUGUGUUUUUUUAUUAUCUUCUAUUUUGCUUCCUCUACCUCACCAUAAGAUUUGCAGGUAUUCCUCUGUCCACCUAAACAUCUCAGAUAUUUCACUUCGACUCAAUCUUUUUACUCCCCAAUUUGUAUAUGCUGUACUGCUCCCAAGCAUUAUUUCAAUGCACUCCCUCACUUAACCCCUUCCAAGAGCAGCUAAAAGUUAUUCCCUGAUAGACAGAACCUAUCCUAUGGAGUUAUACCGAAUGUAUUUACUGACCUAAAGCUUUUUGUAUUGGUACCUCACGCACUGAGCUUGUAAAGAGGAACACUUAUUCCCCUUACACAGCCAUUAUAUGCUGGAAAAAGUAGCCAUUUAAUCAGAAUGUAUGUAUUUAUUUUAAUGCUGUAUUCAUUGUCUGUGAAACUGAUGUCUUUAUCCUGCUUUUGUGAAUGUAAACAUACACCUAGACCACAGGUGUCAAACAUGCGGCCCGGGGGCCAAAACCGGCCCGCCAAAGGAUCAAAUCCGGCCCCUAGGAUGAAUUUGUGAAAUAC